GAGCGGCGGAGAGAUGAAGGAUGCGGGGAGGCUGCAUCUUCGCGCAACUGUCCACUAGGGCUGAAAAGUUUCUCCAUGGUUCCUUUGUGUCGUCGUCGGAGCCCCUUUCCUGCAACCUUAGACUCCCCCAGUCCUCCUCGAGGCGGACAAAACAUCUGCUGCACUCAUGUGACUCCAACAUAAAGAAAGAUUCAAUUAAAAGGAGCGCUCGGAGAGGGCAGUGGUGGAGAAGCUAGCUCCCCCCGGUACGCACACCUCCCCCCUGCAACCGCCCCGCAGUUCAGGGGCCCGCGAUGAUCGCCACCGGGGGCCUCCUAAGGAUCUCCGCCAGAAAGCAAGAUCCCCUCCGCCCGCAAAGCCAGGUCCCCAAGCGUAAGAGGAAAGCCAAAAAGAAACGCAAGAACGACGUGGUGGUAGUGAAGGGCAAGUUGAAACUCUGCUCUAUCUCGGGCCUGAUCGCCCUCUGCGGGAUCCUGGUACUGCUAGUAGGCAUAGCCAUGGCCGUGGUGGGCUACUGGCCCAAAGCCAGCGGGACCCACCGGGAGGGCGCUAAGCAGCUGUCCCCUGGGGGGAGUGGCCAUCGGGCCCUGGCCACUGCUAGCAGCGGUGCCAGAGCCAGCAGCAACAACAGUAGCAACAAAUACCCGUCGAGGGACCACUUGGGGGCUCCCAGUGUAGCCAACUCAGAAUCCAACUCGAGCUCCGUCUUUGCAACUAAGAGCACGCCUCCCACCCGGGCGGCCGCCCCCUCCUCCUCCUCCUCCUCCUCCUCCUCCUCCUCUUCGUCCACUUCGGUAGGUUUCCUCUUCCAACUCUUCUCUGGUUACUUGCAUUCUGACAAGCUCAAAGUCUUCGGGCCCCUCAUCAUGGGCAUAGGCAUCUUUCUCUUCAUCUGCGCCAACGCCGUGCUCCACGAAAACCGAGACAAGAAGACCAAGAUCAUCAACUUGCGGGACCUCUAUUCCACGGUCAUCGACGUGCACAGCCUCCGAGCCAAAGACCUGGCGGCGGCUGCAGCGGCUGCGGCCGCGGCCGCCUCGUCCUCUUCGGCCGCCACCUCGGGCCCCCCAGCUGCAUCCCCCCUUAAUGGUUUCAUCAGCUACGUGCAGUCCCGGGGUCUGGAGCUCAAGCCCGGCGGCAGCAGCCCGGGAGAUGCCUACGGGGCGGCCGCUAUGCUGGCCAAAGGCUCCUGGCACCCCCCGGCGCUGGGAGGCGGGGCUGCUGGUGGAGGCUGCGGAGCCCGGGGCUCCCUGUCCCCGCCGGACUUGGCUUCGUCCCCGCGCUGUCCGCGGGAGCCCCCCAGCCUGGCCGAGGCUGUGUACAGCAUCUAUCGGGAGCGCUCGGUCCUGGCGGGUCGCCGACGGGCAGCCGCCGCGGCCGCUGCCGCAGUGGCCGCUGCCGCCGCUGCCGCGGCAGCCAGCAGCAGCAGCCCCCCGCCGUGCAGCCCCCCGGAGAGCUGGGGGCGGCAGAGCACAGCCAGCUCCAUUGUGGGCUCGUCCCUCAGCGCCUUCGCCCUGCUGCCUUUGCAAGGGAACCGAGACCGGGUUGGGGACGGGGACGGGGACGGAGACGGGGACGGGGAGGGCGCCAGCUGCAGUUGGCAGCGACCUCCCGGAGAGAGGGGCUCCCAAGAGAUCCCGCGGGGGGAGUUUGAGUUGAGUUUGACGGAUCUGAGCGCGGGGGGCGGCCGCUGUGGCCGCAGGCGCCGGGAACCCAGAGAGUCUGAGGACGAGGAAGCCGCGGCAGUGGCGGCUGCAGCGCUCACGGUUACCGCCAGGGGGCAGGGCGGCCGUCUGCCCAGGACCGGCAAAUACUCGGCCUUGAGGCGCCAGAGCACAAGCGGUCUCCUCGACUGCAGGAGAGCCGCAUCCCCAGACCCCUCACCCAACCCCAGCGCGAAGGACGUGGACGUGGACGUGGACGUUUUGGCGGAAGCCUCCGCCGCAACCUCCUUUCCCCGGGGAGCCUCUCCCCCCGCCUUGGAGCAGGCGACCAGGAGAGACUCUCCGAGCUCCCAGUCGGAUCAAUCCAGCAGCAAUAAGGGCUACACCCCACUGGAGGAGGCGGGCACCUCCUUGGAGUCUAUCAUUGACACACCAGCCAGAAAACCCCAGGACUGUGCGGAGGACCCGACCCGGGAGGAGAGCCCCCAGGAGGGUACCAGCAAAGAGCAACAGACAGUCGAGCAACCUCGGCCAGUUCAGAGGCAGUUUACAAAAAAAGAGAAACUCAUCAUGAUCUCCCGGUCUCAUGCCAUAGGGAUGGAGGAUGGAGAAUUGGAAAAUACAGGCCUUUAGGAAAAAAAAAAUGCUUUAUAGAGACAAGAAGAGAGACCAAAAGAAAGAGGGAGCCACCCACUCGAGUCAUUGAAUCUCCAUUUCCCUUUUUCUCUGUGGAUUUAACCGAGGGAACUAGUCCAAAUCCAAAGAGCUGCAGGGCAGUUUUCCUUGAAUCGAGUUCACAGAAUUUCUGUAGAUAGCUCCAAGCAAUUUUUAAAAAAAAAAUGCAAACAAUCCUCUAUGUCCGAUUGUGAUUGUAUGUUCCAUGAAAACCAAAAUGUAUUAAAACAUCAGCAAUCUAGUAAUUAGUAAUAUUCCUAAUUUUCUUAGGAUCAAAUUAAUAUAUUUUUGACAACAACUGUGCACUUUAUUCAGCUUUUAAGUCCCUCAGUUGCCUAACCUGUUUACUCCACCCCUGGUUUUGUCAAAAGUUACUUGAAAAUGACAAGUUCUUUCCUCCUUUCUUGCACGAGAGUAGCAAGGGUUUUUUCCUCAGUUCUCUCAAAACUGAUCUUGCUAACAUGUUUUCAGGGCCAAAAGCAUCAGCAAGCACUUCAGUAAAAUCAAUUAGGAAAAAUAACAUUGCCCCCAUCCCUCCAAUCUCACCCAUUUAACUUCUCCCCUUUCCUUCCCAUUCCUCCCUUAAAAAAAAUUAAAAAUUAAAAAAAGUAUUUGAUUUUCCCCCUACAGUGUUAUGCUGUAGAGAGAGAGGUUUGGUCAAAGCUGGGGUCUGAUUGGAUUUGUUACAUUCAAGAUAUCAAGUACAAGAUGAUUUAUUGAGUAUUAUUACACAUGUAUUGACAAUAACAUUAAUCUUAAACAACCUUAAAUAAAAGUUUAUACACAAAAGAGGGUUAACAAAAGUUACUUAAUUUUGCCUUUGAAUUAGUGGACCUUAGUGAAACACAACCAUCUGUAAUGAUUAACUCACAAGACAGUAUAAAAAAAUAAUAUCGAUGCAGUCAAAUCAUGGUUUCAGAAAUUUAAAAUUAAGUGAAAUCUAAUAGGGGAAAAAAGAAAAGUUUGCUUUUCUAUGACAAAAAGUGCUACUUAACUGGAACUUACUUCUUAAUUAUUCUCUUCUGGUAGUCCAGAUAGGCCGGCUAGGUGGCACAGUGGAUAGGGUCCUGGGCCUGGAGUCAGGAAGACUCAUCUUCUUGAGUUCUAAUCUGAUCUUAGAAGAUCACUAGCUGUGUGACCCUGAGCAAGUCACUUAACCCUAUUUGCCUCAGUUUCCUCAUCUGUAGAAUGAACUGGAGAAAAGGAAGCAAACCAUUCCAGGAUCUUUGCCACAAAAACCCCAAAUGGUGUCACAAAGAUUUAGACACGACUGUAAGACAACUGAACAAGAAGUCUAAAGGUCUUCUUGAUCUUGCUUUGAUCAUUGUUAUCUAGUUUUCCAAGAUUCUAGAAAUAUAGUACUAAAUCAGUUUAACCUAGGAUCAUAGGUUUGACAUCAAAGUUCAUCUAGUUCAGGGGGGCAGCUAGGUGGCACAGUGGAUAAAGUACUCGUCCUGUAUUCAGGAGGACCUGAAUUAAAAUCUGGCCUCAGACACUUGGCACUUACUAGCUGUGUGACCCUGGGCAAGUCAC